AUGACCAAGCUUGAAGCGCUAAUAGCCUGGGCACGGCUGCAGGGGGCCUCUUUGGACCAUAGAAUCAAAGUUGAACUGUCACUGCUAGGAGGAUUGGGCAUCAUUGCCACGCAAGACAUCCCCGAAGAUUCCAUAGUGCUCCGAGUUCCUCAGAGUAGCACCUACGACAUACAGACUCUCCUAGAAUACACAGAAGAACUCAAGAAGCAAAAUGAAGAUGUCAGCAAGGUCAUCAAUGGUGUCCUUACACUGAUCUCAAGUCCCACGGAGACUACGGUGAUACGAGGGUAUGUAUGGAGUUUCUCGAUUUUGCAGUCGAUGGGCGUCAGCAUGGACCUCAUCAAGCCAUAUAUGGAUAUACUUCUCUCGACGGAGAUUUUUGACGUUGAAGAGGACUUGGAACUGAGCGAUAGCUUUGUUCAAUGGCAAAUCAAUCAAAAAAAGAGGGUGAUCGCAGAACAUACAGAUAUCGUCAGGGCACAUCCAGAGCUAGCGCAGCACCUCAGUCCCAAGGAUGCCUUUCGACUCCACCAAGCAGUGAAAUCACGCGUUCUUGAAAUACCACAUGCCUUGGAAGGGGACGAGAAGUAUCAAUUCACCACACGCGUCACGCUUGUUCCCAUGCUAGAUUUUGCCAAUCACGCUCGGGACAAUAAUGCGGUGUUCGACGUAGAUAAGGAAACGAAAGAGGUCAUUCUCCGUGUUACUAGGGACGUGUCCAAAAGCACAGAGAUCUGCAUCUGUUACUCGCCGUCAAACGAUAUGGGCAUGUUUUUCCGGACCUACGGUUUCAUUCCCUCAGUUGGCGAGUACGAGUGGGUGUUGCCCAACUUCAACGAGAUCGUCAAUUGCACGAAAAACACCGAAAACGAGGACUACUUGAGAAUGGCCAAGUGGCUCCGAGUGACGCCAAAAGUAACGCUACAUGCGUCAAAAGAAGAUGUAAAAGUGGACCUCACCGAAUCCCGGCUACCCCUUCUCAUGAUACCAGGCCUCACCUACUAUGCCGGGUGGAGGAACGAGAAAGCAGACAUAGAAGAGGACGAGCAAGACAUUGAAGAAUUGAUCGUAGAGGAAGAAGAAAACGGCGUCAUCUUGUCUACCGAAACAGCCUACGGUGUCGUUUAUGAGGACGCCUACGUAAGCGUGCCAAACAUUUUGGAGCAAACGUGGGAAGAUUCCGAGAACGGGAUACGCGAGCUCGUCAAGCUCACUAUACCUUUGCUCACUAGGGCUGCCGAAGCGAGCAAAAGUGCCGAUACUACAACCUUGGCUGCCACCGCCAUACAGCACGACACUCAGCAAAUGAGAAACUAUUUUCGGGUGAAACACGAGCUUCUAACGCACCUUCUCGAACAUUCCACUCGUGACUUUAUUGACAUGAUAAGUCACUUGCAGUAA